AUGCCCGCCGGCAUGCUGCCUGCUUCUGCCACCGCUCGUGCUUUGCCUUUGUUGCCUGCCUUUUCUGCGUCCGCUGCUCCUGCUGCUUCCGCACCUACCCUUCUUCCGACCGAUCUUUCAGCUUGUCCUCUGUCCCUUCGCGGGGAUCCAGAGGGCGCUCGGGCCCUCUUUGGGUCCGGGCCGGACGGCCGUGGUCCACCGAUUUCGGACCCGGCGUCCUUCCGCCCACCGCGCCCCGAUUCCUACGGGCCGGUGGCUGGCCGCGGUGGAGCCUCGCUCCCCGACGAGCCCAUGAGCGAGCAUCCGGGUGCACCCCAUGAUUCCGUCGCAACGAUUACUGCGGCGGGUCAUGGUGGUGCCGCCCCCGCCAUCGAUAACGGCGGGUGGCAUACCGGACCCUGUGCUGUCAGGGCCCUGGUCGAUGAAGCCAUUGGGUCGGAAGCAUCCGCGCGCAUCGCCACCGAUAUUCUGGCGAUCGCGCAGGGUGUGACCAACACCCAAGCCGACCUCGAUAUACUGAGGAACGGCGUCUCGGAUAUCACCGAAGCGCUCGAGAGCAAGAUCCGAGACAUGUGGGAGCUUCUUCAGGCCGAGUUGAGGAAAGAGCGUGAGCUGUUCAUGCAGUUCCAGGACUCUUUCCGCGAGAGGCGGAUUUCUGAUCACGAAACGCUUGAAGAUCAUUUUGCGAAGCUCACUUCGACGAUCAACGAUCGACUCAUUGAGUUCGAUGAGCGGAUCCAUCAAUUCAACGAAAAGCGUGCUGGGUCGCUAUCCAUGCAGCUUGCCGAAACGAUCCGCCACAUCAAGCAGUACCCAGACGCGCUGCGGCAGAUUCAGAUCAAUAUCUCUAAUGCCGAAGCGCGCGUUGCUGCGGUGGAGCAGAACGCUACCCACCGCAUCGAAGUCAUCAGAUCCGAGAUGAGUCGCGCUCUCUACGAUCAUAAGGAGAGUAACCGAGCUCAUAUCGAUCAGCUGACUGCUCGGAUCCAGCACCUCGAAAACGCUCAUGUCCGCAGAGGCGGUUCUGAUAGAUCAACGCCUUCGCGUCCGGAACGGACGCAGUUCUUCGAUAUCAGUGACCAUGGUGGGGAUAUUCCACGCCCCGCGGACCUGCCGCCAGUUCCAGGUGCUCUAUUCCCUGGCGGACCGACUACAGCCAUUCCGAGGUCUUCCCUGUUGGGUCCGAUCGAUCACGGCUCUCCGCCGGGAUGCAACGCUGCGCCUGCUGAAAAGGCCUCAACGGUUCACUCUCAGACGAGUGGAAUCAAUCUCGAUGAAAUUCUGAGGCGAGCGCAGCAACGAGUCGCUGACGAACAACCUGCCGAAGGUCGCGGGCAAAAUAAUCCUGUUGAGCCCGUCCGACAUAAUUUUGGCCAAACGUCGGCGUGUUUUUCGGGAAGAUCGCCGAAUCAGGCCGUUCCUUCCGCAAAUGCCGCCGGAGCGACUUCCGGUCAGGCUCCGAGCCUCAGGCCAUAUCAAGUCGAUGAUGCUCCUCGCGCUGACAUCCGACAUGUCCCUGAAGCUCGAAGCUUCGCUCCUGAGCCCAGGUCAAGCCCGACCUUCCCAUGCCAAAUCUCCUAUGAUACUCGAACCGUCCCGGCAGGGAAGGGACCAUCACGAUGGUAUGAUGCGAUGCUUGGCCGAUCAAAUCUCAUUGGCAACAGUGCUGGCGCACCAAUUCUCCAUAGUGAGACCGGUACUUUUACCCUUGCGCCGAACACGAGCGUUACUGCGACGCUUCAGCAUGCUGCAGCCAACGAUGCCAUGCCCCCGAUGCCUACCUUCAGUGCCAGAACGUCCGUUCCUGCACCCAGUGCCGCGCCAUCCGGGUUUGGCGGGGAGACGGCGGUUGUUCCGGUGGUGAUGGCCCCAACGAUAACGGGGGUGCGUAUGGCGGUGGCUUCGGAGGACAUGGACACCACGGGUCCGGUUUUGGCCCCGGUGGCGGUGGUGGCCCACCCGACGGCCCACCUGGUGGUCCGCCUGGUGGUGGUGGCCCUCCUGACGGGAGUGGUCCGCCCGAUGGCGGCCUUGAUCCGCCUAGCAUCAGGCCCUCCGGUCGGCCGAGUGGGAACGAUACGUUCCAGUGCGAGCGCUGCACCGGAACUUUCCCGACCACCGUGCGACGGUCGUGCAUAUCUUGCCGAUUCUCGUGCUGCAACGGAUGUUGCCGAGAUCCUUUGA